UUAGAUGAGGAGAUCGAUGAGAAGAGAGUAAACCCUAGGAGGCAGCAGCAGACACACAACAGGAGAACAGAGGAACAGCCAAAGAUGACUUUCAAGCGUAGGAACGGUGGAAGGAACAAGCACAACAGAGGUCACGUCAACCCAAUCCGAUGCUCCAACUGUGGCAAAUGUUGUCCCAAGGACAAGGCCAUUAAGAGGUUCAUUGUGAGGAACAUUGUUGAGCAGGCUGCUAUCAGAGAUGUUCAGGAAGCCAGUGUCUACGAUGGAUACACCUUACCUAAGCUGUAUGCAAAGACUCAGUACUGUGUCUCUUGUGCUAUCCACUCUCAUGUUGUGAGAGUUCGAUCCCGCACCAACCGUAGGGUCCGUACUCCUCCACCUCGUUUUGUCAGACGCAAGGAUGAUGCUCCCAAGCCUGGACAACCAGGACAGGCCCCUCGUCCAGCUGGUCCUGGAGCUGCAGCUGCACCCCGUGUCUGAAGACUGCAAGCAGCGCUCUCUCUUGUUUUCUUAUAUGUUCUAGUUGUUGCGUUUUUGAGGAUGUUUCUCUCUGGUUUAAAUCAUAUUACUAUGUUGAUCGUGUGAAUCCUGUCAAACUAUUUCAGUAGUUGAUUCAACUUUGUUUUUGGCACCUCUAUAUCCCCAGUUUUGCAAUCUGCUUUUUUUCUAGUUUAACUA